UCAGCAUCAAGCUGCUAAAUGGCAUCAUUCAGCACAGACGGAGUUAACCAUCUGCUCAUGGAGGUCAGCCCGGACAUCCACAUCUGUGGCUUCUGCAAGCAGCAGUACAACAAUUUUGAAGUGUUUCUUGCUCACAAGCAAAAUGGCUGUCAGCUUCAUAUGACCGAUAUAUCAGUAACAAAUACCGAACCUGCUGAGUUCACUCUGGAGGAGGCUUUACAGACGUGUGUGUCCAAAGCAUUCAAGAAGACGAUAAAAACACAGAAAACGCCCUCAAAAAAGCUGAAACCUUCACUGGCCCCAAAGAGACACAUCUGCAGCUUCUCAGGUUGUACUUUUAAAACCCAGUAUGGCCAAAAGGAUAUGGAGAGGCAUAUGUUGACUCAUACUGGUGAGAGGCCAUUCGAGUGCGAGCUGUGCCAUAAGCGUUUCAGCAGACGGGACAAGCUGAACCUGCACAGCCGCUCGCACACCGGAGAAAAGCCGCACAAGUGCAAGCACUGCCCGUAUGCAGCCGCUGACAGCAGCAGUCUGAAGAAGCACCUGCGCGUGCACUACGACGAGAGACCCUUUAAGUGCCAGAUCUGCCCGUACGCCAGCCGUAACUCCAGCCAGCUCACUGUGCACCUGCGCUCACACACAGGUGAUGCGCCAUUCCAGUGCAACGAGUGUGGCGCCAAAUUCAAAAUCAACUCCGACCUCAAGCGGCACGCGCGUGUGCACUCCGGCGAGAAACCGUAUGCCUGUGACCUGUGCGAGUACCGCUGCGCCAUGAAGGCCAACUUAAAAUCCCACGCUCGCCUGCGCCACGGUACCUACGCCUGCGCCGAGUGCGACUUCCGCUGCGCGGCCAAGGCGGCGUUGCGCGCUCACUCCCGGCAGCACGCGCCGGCCCAGCCGUUGCGCUGCGCUCGCUGUCCUUACUCGUGCGCCAGCAAGGGGGCGCUCAACAGACACGAGCGCGUGCAUUCGGAUGAGCGUCCGUACGCGUGCCAUCGCUGCCCCUUCGCCAGCAAGCAGCGCGCCAACCUGCAAGUCCAUGUCAGGAAGUGCCACGGUGAGAAAGUCAUGGAAAGACGAAGCAAGGGUGGAGAGGAGCCGCACAAUCCUGCCGGGUCGCGGUACAGAGUGAGGCUUGAGGCGGCCCGGGCGUUUCGUUGCAACUUUUGCGACGCCUCGUUUGUAAGAGAAGACUCGUUGCGAAGUCAUAAAAGGCAGCAUAAUUUCUCACAAGAACGGCAAAGACUGGAACAUGGUGGGGGACACUCAGAACCCCAAAAUACCAGCACUACAAAGACAGAUGAACCAGACCAGGUUGCGCUAACCCUGACAAAUGGUUUAGUUCCUUCCUUCGAAAGCCCUCAGCUUAAGAUCAUAGUAGCGCCACCUCUCGUUCAAGAGAGCACCUUCAUACGGACAGCAAUGGACAGUCAGUCUUCUAAACCUGGAACGCUUCUGCUCAGUUCGGAAAGCCAGAACGUUGUUUUAAACCCCGUCAUUCAACAAGUUAGCCUGUUAACUCCGGUGCAACACAUUUCCCAGCCAGCAGAGGGCAACCUUGAACAUCAGACAGUUUUACUAACUCACAUCGCCGCUAGUCAAGAAAACCAUUUAAUCCAGACGAAUGUCUCUGACACGCAGAAUUAUAUCACCUCACCUUCGACUUCAGAGAAUGCCUUUAUCACAGGGUGUUCGGACCUGGACAGCCUGCACGCUCUUAUCCAGCAGGGUGGAGCAGAGGUUACCGUGGUCACCGAAGACCACGCGUCUAUCGCCACACCAACUUCUCAGGAUAUCCAUAAGCAGUCGGCUGAAGGAAACGAAGCUGAGGACGGACUGGUUGUGACGGACGUAAAUAUGGAACCGUCCGGUGCCCUUCUUGUACACAGUGUUCCCUUGGUAUCGGUGCAGGAUCAACAAGUACCCAUCUACCAGCUCUCACCGCAUCAGAUCUUCUCGGACACGAAUAUACCCGACAGCAGUGAGAACUAAGCAAAGAGUAAAUGCCAACAUGUCAUUA